GCGGCGGACCCUGACUUAAAGCUCCGACUUCCCUACAGUGCAGUAGGGCAAAAAGAUCGCGCUUACCGAUGGAAAUUCUAGACCCGCAAUCACCAUUUCGUAUGUCUGCACUUGCUUGAGUAAACACCUCCGAGCAUCGGGGAGUAGAGAGUAUCGCCGCAACUCUCUUCUAAACAUGUCGAAUACCAAAGGCGCAGUCUCUUUCGAUUCGAUCAUCCAAGCUGAUCGACAACGGAGGAAGAAUGAAGCCCUAGCGAACGAGAUCUUCGGAAAGAACAAACAGAAGGAAAACACCCGACCAGCGAAGGCUACACCCAGAACAAAUGAUCUCGCAAGCAGAAUUACAAAGCGCUCAAACUCCGUCGCGAGAUCCAGCUCUCCCAGAAAUCCUCCUUCGAGGCCGGCCUCCACCACUCCUCAAAAUGCGCGCUCCUCGCGACUGGCAUCUGCCCUUGCCUCGCCACAGGUGAACAUUGUAUCUACGCCGCGCGGUCCCGCAGGAAAGGGUCUCAGUAUAAAAGGCAAAGCAGGCCCUUUCACCGUCGAAGCCAGCAACUUCGCGCCAGGAACAACAGCCGCAGAUAUCGAAUCAGCCCUACAAGGCGACACCGUGGAUGACAAUGGCGGCAACGGCAUGUUAUCCUGUCGUGUCAUCGCUACCAAUCCAGCUGUCGUUGCAGAGAUGGUGUUCUCCGAGAGAGGAAUCGCAGAUAGAGUGAUCUCCACGUACAACAACCAGCGGGCAGACGGCAGGGUUUUGCAUCUCUACCUAAAGCAAACCGACAGUGCGCCUGCACCUCUCGUACAGACCAGCGAGAUAGACGCCGCGCCAGCUCAAGAGCCUGCAGCUUCGAGUCAGCCAGUCGACGGCAACGCCAUGGAAGAUGUGGAGAUGGACAAUGAGGGGGUUGCGUCAACGUACGAUGAUCGUGACCGAAGAUCCAGAGAUGGCAGAGACGAAAGACACGAAGAUUACGAUAACGAAAGAGAGAGACGAGGCGACCGACCACGGGAGCCGGAUCGAGACCGGGAUCGGGAGAGAGAAAGAGAUCGUGAUAGAGACAGAGCACGCGACCGUGACAGGGAAAGCGACCGUUACGAGCGCCGCGACGAGCGAGACUCGGGCUCUGGCUCAUACCGUCGAGGCGAUCACAGACCAGAGAACUACAACUCGCGCCCGUCGCACUACGGCAACGGUGUUGGCGGAGUACCACGGGGGUCCUUCGGAGGUCCAGGCUCGGUCCCUCGUGGCGGCGGGAGGUUGCAUAGCGAUGACAUGGCUCGAGGCGGUCGGGGUCGUGGCGGCUUUGGCGGAGGGUAUGGAAGAAGAGGUUACUGGUGAUGGUCUGCUCGAGCCAUUCCUGUGAAUUCGAUAUCCCAAGGUCAGGGUGCGUGUACGUGUACCUGUGCAGCUCGAAGCUACACACAUCUUUCGGCCCAAAAUGUCCUCCUAGGAUUAGACGUUACUACCAGUCGACAUGGUUGCGUAGCCUUCUUUCCGUCAAACCUCCUCGAGCGCGAAAGAAAGCAACAAUUCAUGGUCUAGUCAUCCCACGUCUCAUAGAAAAGAGCACAUCGUCAUAGUAGU